AUGGCGAGCUCAGCUCCCGAAAUCCUCAGCAGGUUUCUGGUCAAAGACAAAACGGUGGUGAUCACUGGAGGGGCCAGAGGACUAGGUCUGAACUUUGGAAUCGGACUGGCUCAAGCCGGAGCCAACAUUGCUGCCAUUGAUAUCAGCGACGAGCCCAGUGAACGUUUCAGUGCCCUUGCGCAGUACGGUGGAAAGUAUCAAUAUUACAAGGCGGACGUGAGAGAUUACCAGGGACUCAAAGCCACAAUCGAUCGGAUCGCGGAUGAUUUUGGAUCCAUAGAUGGCUGGAGCAGCAUACCCGCCGCAGGAAUCAUUCGAGACCGACCUUUCUUGGAACACACCCAAGAGGACUUUGAAGACUCUCUGGGUGUCAAUGUGAACGGCGUGUUUUUCACUGUCCAGCAUUGUGCCGCUCAGAUGAUCAAGCAGGGCACUGGUGGUAGAGUUGUCUGUAUAGCAUCGACAGCCGGACACAGGUCAUUGUACCCUCAGACAAUCGCCGCGUAUACUGCCUCCAAGUAUGCAGUCCGCGGCAUUGUCAAGCAAGUCGCUGCUGAAAUGGCACCGCACAACAUUCGAGUCAACUCCAUUAGCCCAGGGGUCAUCAUGACAGACAUGCUGCAUUCCGUCAUAAGCCAAAAUCCAUCGAGGAAGAAGCUCUUCGAGGACAGCAACGCUAUGAAACGUAUUGCAACUCCGGACGAGUUGGUCGGCAUGGUGCUGUACUUGAUGAGUGAUGCUAGCAGCUACACGACUGGGCAGGAUUUUCUGGUGGACGGAGGACAGAUCUAA